AUGGAUUUACUACUUGAGGAUCAGAUUGGUGAUCUUCUUGAAUCGUCAUACCUUGAACAAUUUGAUCCCAUUUUUGGUAUAUCAGACUCUGUUACAAUCACAACCAAAAAUAUGACCAAUAUCACCUCUGAUAAUGUUAAUCUUGAUUUUGACGAAGAUUUUCAACUAUUAAAUCAAUUUGAUUUCUCAUUUGUUCAGACUUGGCCAAUAUCAAGCUAUGUCACUCAACCACCAACAAUGACAAAAACAAGAACAAACCUGAUAUCCUCGUCUAUAAAUAUACCAUCUCCUAUCAAAUCAACAUCUUGCUCAGAGUAUCAUCAUACAAGAAACCAUAGUCUAAGGUCACCUUUACAAGUACCUGACGAUUUCUCCUUUUUCCCCAAUGAUUCAUCAUUAUCAUUAUCAUUAUCAUCCUCUUCUCCAAGUAAACCAAAACAUGCUCAAAGAAGUAAAUCAUUCGAUGCUACAAGAUCAAAUAGAGGUCAGGAUAUCUUUUCAUACAAUUAUUCAAACAAUUUGAAGUCAAGUUCAAGGCACAGGAUUUGUAAAUCUUCAGCAAAUUCACCACAAAUGAAACCACCUUUAAAACCAUCAGUAACCAUUGCCUCAAUUAAUACUUUAGCAAAAUUUCAAAAAUUAUCACCACCAUCUGCAUCUAAUAGUAGAAAUAAAAGAAAAGUGGGAAAUCCAUUUUAUAAACCAAUGAUUAAUAAUAGUAUCAAUAGCAACAGCAGCAACAGCAACAGCAGCAACAACAACAAUAAUAAUAGUAGCACCGCCACCAUCAUCAUCAACAACAACAACAACAGUACCGAAAACACCGCCACUAACAGCGACAACCUUAAUUCAUCUUCAACAAUAUGUUCAACUUUACCGGAGUUCAAUAUACCCAGUAAUGAUGAAAUGCUAAACAACUUACCAAUACCAACCAACCUUGAAUAUAAAGGACCUGGUUUAACAGCAUCUUUUGCAAAACUCGAAAACUGCUUAGUUCUAGAGUCAUUAUUUGAAGGCACUUGA